AUGGGGAAGGAACUUGUAAAUAUGUUAGCUACUUGUUAUGUGAUCAAAUCCGUAAAAAAUAUUUUAAAAGAGAUGAAGGCACAUUUAUUAUGCUCAAAGAAUUUUAAUCAUGUAAAACACUUAGAUGAUGAUGAAUUUCUAAAAAUGAGAGACUUAUAUGAUUUUUAUGAUAAUUAUAUACAGUUAUCACCAAAAAAUGCGCAUACGGAUAAAAAUUACUGCAAUAACAUGAUAUAUUUAGUUCACCUAUAUCAUACUUUUUUAAACAAAAAUCCAUCCGGUAGCUUAGAAUUUAAUGAUGUAUUGAGGCACAUUCAAGUACUAAUAGACAGUAUUACAAAUACCGGAAGAAAUCAUUGUGAAGGGAAAACUUUUUUUAUACGUGAACCAGAAUUAUUUAAACCAAUUGUGGUGCAAAUACAACACCUCCACAACAAAUUAUCAGGACCAGAUAGUAAACCAUCACAAGAAGGCGUAUUAGAUAAUGUACAUACUCCAAAACAUUCACAAGAGAACAAGAAAGAGAAUAUCCAAAAAAUUCCAAAAAAUCUGAAGUAUCAGCAACUUCUGUGUCAAAAGAUCGCUUUGAAAGAGGACAACAAAAUCAAAACCAAGAACACUCAGAACAACAUGAAACUACUAGAAGACAACAACCUUAUGGACAAGGAGGAUAUACUGAAACGAACGAAAAAUUUUCACCAGGUAAAAAUUCCAUAG